UUUCUUGCUUCAUUUACUACAUGGUAUUCGACUAUCAAAAUUCCAAAAUCUACUUAGAACCAAGUUGACUUGAGAUAACUAGUGGAGUAACACUGUGCCAGUGGUAUUUGCUAAAGAAAAAGGAGAUGACAGGGUGCAGUGGUGGGUGGAGGAGCAGAAAUGGUGGAGGUUGGUUGGCUGAGGCCUGAGUGGAGGUGGUUGUUGUAGGUGGGUGGAAGUGGAACAACGGCAGAUGGUGGAUAACAGACUUUAAGCGAGCGGAGGCAGACGUUGAGAUGAACACAAUUCUAUUUCAGAGAGCCAUAAUGUCUACCCGAAGAACAAGAGCUACUAGGAACAAAAAAGACGAUGAGCUCCAUGACCUUGUGUCAAAAUUACAAGCAUUGCUACCAUCUUCCAGUUCUAGUUGCAAUAACACAAGGGUAUCAGCAUCAAAGGUUCUUGAAGAGACAUGCAAUUACAUAAAGAGCCUGAGAAGAAAGGGGGAUAAGCUAGGGGAAAGGCUAUCUGAACUACUGGAUUCUAUGGAAAACAAUGGUGUCGAUGUUGAUAUUCUCAGAGAAUUUCUGCAACAAUAGUGUGUGUGUGUGUGUGUGUGUGUGUGAAAGUGUGAGGGUGUUCACAAAGGCAAGCAGAUGCAUAUGUUAUUUGUCUUAUUAUCUGAUUGUCCCAUGUAUGUACACUUUCUGUGUAGGUUGUUGGACUCAAUCAGACAGAUAAUAGCUAUUUAAAUAAUACAUGUAUUAAUCUAAUAGUGUCUAUUUUGGUGUU